UGUUCCUUAACAAAUAGUAUUGAUUGAUUAUACUAUUUGCAUUCUCCUUUAACAGAUAGUAUUACAAUACUUUUUACUUUGUUGGAUUAAUAAUGGAGUACGGGAUAAUGCUUGAAAGAAACGAUGUAAAAAAAAUAAUAAACAAAAUAUGUACUAAAGAAAAGGAUUUCUUUACUUAUUACAGCAAAACUCAAGAAGUUGCUGAUAAAGUGCUUAUUAAUCCAAAUGGAGAGAAAGUUUCAUAUCAAACAUUAAGUUUAAUGAUUAAGAGAGUAUCACGCAAUUUAUACAAGUUAUUAAAAAAUUAUUCGUGUGAAGUAGUGGCUUUACUUAUUUCUAAUGGAUGUGAUCGCAUAGCAGUUGUACUUGCUUUAAUUCAACUGGGAGUAUCAUUUUGUCCUUUGCAAGAACCUAUCACAGAAACAAUGUUGUCUUGUAUAUCUCAAAUCAAAGCAAAUAUUUUAAUUACUGAUGACCAUUUUGCUGCUCAAAGGAAACAAACUGAUUUAGGAGAAAUUAAAUCUGUAAGUGUAGAAACAUUAUUAUUACCAUCUGAUGAUUUUGUUGAUAUUUAUCAGCAAAGUUUUCAUCCAAUAACUAAAGACAGUAUAAUUUGUAUACUCUUUACAAGUGGAAGUACGGGUAAACCUAAAGCUGUAAAGAUUACUCAUAGAAACAUGAUUCAAACUGUUGAAUGGUUUCGAUCUAAAUUUGAUUAUGAAAAAAAUGAGAUGAUGUGUUCAAAGUCCAAUUUUGUCUUUAUUGAUUACUUCACUGAAACAUUAUCUGCUUUAUGCAUGAAAGAGUCAUGCUUAUUUCUAAGAUCAGAUCAGGUUAAAAAUACUAAAGUUUUUUUAGAUCUUUUAAGCAAAUAUAAAGUUACAAAGUUGUAUAGUAGUGUAAGUCUUUUGCGAUCAUUACUUUUACUAUUAAAAACUGAUUAUAAAAAUGAAUUGUAUCUUCGAGAGGUAUGGAGUAGUGGAGAAGACUUGAACCAAAGUUUAGUCCUUGACUUUUUUAAAUGUUUACCAUAUACACUUCUUUGGAAUGUUUAUGGAUCAACUGAAACUUGUGGGAAUUGUAUGUACAGUAAAAUGAAUCCAUUGGCUGUUGUAGAUAACAUAAAAGAAACAUACAUUGGCGAAAAUUUUUUACCAAAUAUAAUUGCAUACAUAGUUGAUUCAAAGAGGAAUUUAAUAAAUAACUUAUUUGAAAUUGGUGAAUUAUGGGUAUCUGGGUCAGUUGUAUCUCCUGGUUACUUAUCUAAUGAUGCUGAAAAUAUUAAAUUUUUUGAUAUCAAUCCGUUUUAUAAUGGUUUGAAAAAAAAGUUUAAAACCGUAUACAAAACAGGCGAUUUUGUCAUGCUUCGUGAAAAUGGAAUUUAUAAAGUUGGUAGAAAUAAAGAUUUUUUCAAGAUAAGAGGCAAUAAAGUUAAUAUUUCCGAAGUUGAAAAAACAAUACAAUCAUUUUAUCCUUUUAACUUAGUUGCCGUUGUAGCUAGACAGGUUAAUGACUUAAUAGAUUUUUAUUGUUUCAUCUCACCUAAAACAAUUUUGUUAAAAUGUGUUAUUAAACUAUUAAGAAGUAAAAUGCCAUCAUUCAUGAUCCCAAAAAUUCUUUUUUUGGAUACAAUGCCUUAUACUGAAGGAUCUGAUAAAAUAGAUCGUCAAAAGUUGAUCACACUGAUUCCUUCAAACAAUCAUAUCGUUUUUUCAAAAGAAGAAAUCAUGUCAAUCUCAAUAAAAAAUCAAUUUAAAUACAUAACAGCAUUGGUGCUAAACACAGAUGUUUCUACUAUUGACCUCGACUGUAGUUUUUUUGAGCUAGGUGGAGACUCCGUAAGUGUAUGGGUUUUUAUUGAGAAACUGAAAAGCAUUGGAUUAGACGUAACAUUUGAAGAAAUGAGUUUUGCAUCAUCUAUAAACGAGCUCAUAUAUAUCAAAAAAUUUACAAAUGAAAACUGCAAUUUAGAGCAAUCCAUAAAAGUAAAGGAAUUAAAAGUACAUCAUGUUUCUGAAGCUAGCAGUGGUGUUGUAGAUAUUCUGAUUCAAAAGCAUACUCGUGCAUUUAUAGAAUUAGAUCCUAUUUCAAAGCAUUUGUCUGAUCCAAAUUUUGAAAAUGAAUUUAGCAGUUUUGUGAAAGCUUUAUUUAAUAGUUUUCCUCGGUAUUCAUUUUAUGCGACAUAUUUUGGAGAGGUGGUUGGCGUAGCAACAAGUUGUCCAAGAAACGCUCCGUUAGAUGUGAUUUAUCCUCCUGCUGUAGAUGCAAUGUUGUCGUUGUAUGAAAAAGAAAUAGAACAAGAAUUACCAAGUUCCAAAUUCAGUGUGUUAGAUUUUGCAACUAUUCAUGCAGAUCUAGAAUUGUCAAGAGAAAUUGCUUGUCAAGUUAUUAUUGAGCUAUCAAAACGUGUGAUUGAAUUUGCUAUUGAAGAAAAGUUUGAUGCUGUGAGCACACUCAGUAAUAAUCUUGCAACUUUCAAUUUAGAUACUCAACUUUUAGGAUUUAAACAGUUAUCAACUAUUAAUUUCAAUACAAUCUGUGUUAAUGAGGAAUUUCCAUUUAAAAGCAUUAAUGAAGCCUUGGGGUGUAUUGGAAUAAUCUAUAUUAGUGAAAACGCAAAAACUGUUUUUUCUAAAAAAGCUAAUAGAGUUAAAAAGGAGUCAAAGAAAGAUUAAAAACUUAA